AUGGAGUUGCUCACUGCAGCAAGCCCAGAGAGCUUUCAUGGUAAGAAAGUUGUUAUUUGUGUGAUGCUAGCAUUUUUACCGGCGAUGUAACGGUUAACCCGGUUAAGAGCGAGAGGGCGCUUUGAAAUUUACAACGUGCUCGUUGUAAUUUAAACCAUAGUAAAUUGCUUUAGUUAUCAGUCAUAAUUGACAUCACAAAGCAUUCUUAACAGCAUAAAGUAAAAUAUAAAAAAUGUUAGAAGGCAGCCAGUUAAAAUUAUUAAAAGCACAAGCUUUACACCAGUACUGCAACAGUUCCUUAUAAACGGCAAGGGGAGGGUCGCGCUUGUAUAGUCUUAAUAACAAAUAAUUAAAAUUUAUUUUCUUCGAAUGGACUACCUUACCAGUGCUUUACAUGUAAGAUCCAUGAAAAUUCUAGCAUUAUUUUUAGUUUUAGGUGUGUUAAUUCUUCCAUUCCUUCUUAUAUUGACUUAGAACUCGUAGUGGCAGUCACGAGUACUGAUACUGUACAGGGGAGGGGAAAGGAGACGAAAUUUUAGAAAGGAACGGAGGGGAUAUGCUAAUAUGCGAUUGUAUUAGAAUUCAAACCAAUUCGAAAAAUUGGCCUUUUUUUGGGGGGGGCAUUGGUUGUUGGUUGCCACUGGAUGAGAUUGUGAUCAGAAUUUUAUUUCUCCUUAAGGAUAUCUUUGAGUCCUCAAAUAUAGUGCUCAGAGAAGUCAAGAAGUUACACUGUAAAUGUUUGAUGAUAAACAAAUGUCAUGAUUUAGACUAAAGCGAUGUGAGCCACUGAGAAUUACCAUUUUGAAACACACGUUGACAAAAGAUAGUAAAUAUUGUUCAUGUGACAAUUUGAGCAUCCUAUCAGCCAAUCAGUGAACUUCUUUUGUUUUUACGCUAACUUUGGACUACCUUUGUGUUCAUACAAUUUUGUGAAGAGAGAAUGUGACUAACAUGGCUUGACUGGUUUUUAUUUUUAUUUUAGUUUUUGAAAUAAUUUGUUAAUGCAAAUUACUUAGUGUUUGUUCACAUGUCAAGAACAAACAGAAUUAUUAUACGUGAACGUUGAAGACAUAGAUUAGACAAUAUUUUUGUAUUGAAGUAGAAAUCCAGGUGCAAUCCUUCACUGCUUCAACUUCUGAAAUAUUGGUUUGGCACUUGAAGAUUAAUUCCAUAUCUCUGCUGCUCAUGUAUCAUUUACUACACGCUCAGUGGUACCAUAAGAACUACCCAUAGGGCAACAGUCUGAAGAGGAUAAGCCCUUAUAAUCGGAUUAAGUAGAACCAGAUGUUUUGAUGCAUAUCUGCUGGCACAGUGCUGAAGCCAUGAUUUCUAAUAGAGGGGUCAAAUUAAGUGACAUUGUUCGUAUGUCUAGACUUCUUUGUUGCUAUAAAUUUUAUUCUUACAAAAUCAAGUAUGCAUUUUUCUACAUGCCUUUUCAGGGCCGUAGUUAGCAUGAUGCAAGACGAGGCAGUUACCUCAUCUUGGUUUUGGCCUUCUUUUUUUUUUGGAGAAACUUUUAAUUGAGAAAAUAAUCCCUAGAAAUAAGUGGAUUGGUUAAGAUAAAACCAGGAAAUAUAAGGUGGAUGAAUUGCGGGGAAAAGCAUUUUAAUGAGGUCAAUUCGUUUCAUGUGGACUGUGAGUAACAGUUUUUCAAAUGCGUUAGAAUGCAGAUGGUCAUUUACUUGGCACCAGUAUCACCAGGCAAUAAAAAAGUGAACUUCUACACUUGCCCAAGAUUGACUUUUCUGAAGAAAAAUGCCACGGAAAAUGCUUACAAGAGAAAUUCUGAGCCGCUAGAUUUCAAGAUUUUAAGGGGGGGGGCAUGCCCCCAGACCCCCUGAGAGGCUUGUGCCUUCGGUGCUUGAAUCUUGCCUCGUCUUGUUCUGGCUGCAGCCCUGCUUUUGGUAGUAACAAUUUCAGUCUCAAAGCAAAACAUCAUUGGAAUACUAGGAAAUUGUGUAUACUGACAGAUGCAUUCAAGGGGUCCUUCCCUCCUUGUAGAUCUGGCACUGUGGCCUCAGUACUGGAUGCUAAACCGAGGCCAAAAGAGUUACUUUUCUUUGGCACUUGAUUAGUCGAGGAGCUUCACGGAGUCCUCAUACACCUUUCCUGCUUCUAUAGAGUAUUUACCUCAAUUUCCAAAUUAAAAUUUGUUCCGACAACUCCCGAACAUUACCGAAGAUGUUCCAAUGAUUUCCGAAGGUUACCGAACGUAGCACUGCAAAGCGCUCGGACUAACCAAAUGGUAGAAUACUUAGCCUUAUUCAGUAAUUCAUGCUAACACUGAUUCUCUUCCCCACAGAUGAGGAAUGUUUCCGUUUUCAACAAGGAGACGAUAGCGGUCUAAGUUCCUGUCCUUCGACCCCCACGACGACAGAAGACAACGAAUCUCUUUCAGAUAUAUUUGAUUUGAGCUCUUCUUUGUGUGAUAGUCUGAACUUGAGCCUCUUCGAUGGCGAUCUUCCGAACAAGUUGCUCACUCAUAUUAAAAUUAAAACCGAUGACGACGUUAACGAUGAACUGUGGCAGCCUGUCCCCGGAACACCAUCUUGUAUUGUCAACAGCAGUUCGAGUUUCUUGGACUCGCUCGAUUUUGGAGUAAUAGACGAACUGUUUGGCCCAACGGUAGACCCAAGGGAUAUUUUUAAAGCUAUUGAAAAGCCUUCUCAGGGAGAUAUUGUCUCCUCGGAGAUACUAGCUGAUGUAACAAAUUCUGUCACUUGCUCAAACAUUUCUUCAACUGUCGCCGAAGUAGGGACUACUCCGACAGGAACUCCUGAAGAAAUCGAGCAGAACAUUGUUAAACGCGAACUUAGAACGAGGCGAAAGAGAGCGCAGUUAAAUAUUGAUCACGAUUAUUGUAAAUCUACGGAUCUGAACGAUUCGGAGGAUGAGUUCAAGGCUGACGAGGAAAGCGAUGAGGUGUCAGAUGAUGAUGAAGACUACACAGCUCCAUGCCCGGCGAAGAAAUCCCGCAAAACUAACUCAAACUCUGCCGAGAAAGGGAAAGGCAAAGGCAAAGGCAAAGACGCUAAAUACUGGGAGAGGCGCCAAAGAAACAAUUUAGCGGCCAAGCGAUCUCGUGAGGCAAAACGCGCGCGAGAAAUACAAGUCGCUAAAAAGUCCGUUGCGCUGGAGAAAGAAAACGCUAAUUUGAAAAAACUAGUCCGGAAGCUUAAAGCGGACAUUAAAAAGGCUGAAAAGAAAUUGCGCAUUAUGAUAUGAAAAUAAGCCGAGAACGAAGAAUGAGUCACAGAGAUUGUGAGAUGCCGGUAUUGGCCAAACAUCCGCCAAGGAUAGUCAUCAGUGAGCAAUUAAAUAGGAAUGUGUUAAUAACUAACAUUACCUAUAUCCUUCAGCAUUGUCUCUCUGUUUUUAUUUCCUUUUUAUUCAGUGAAAUUGGCUAAAGCAGCUAAAACUCCCGCACGGGAUUAUUUAUUCUAGAAACCUUUACGUAGACUCUGUUCUUCUGUUAAGUCCAGCCAUAGAGACUGUUGAAGUCGACUGGUUGCUCACUUGUAAAUCGGGAGCAUUCCUUGUUCUAUAAAUGAAGGUUUUGUCUAGCCUGGUACCAGGCUCCGCAGUGGGGUGAAACAGCAAUUGAAUCGGCGAGCAGUGGGCUGGGAGGGGGAAAGGGCGGCCCCCCUUUCCCCUCCCCACACUACCGCUCGGAUCGCUUCGCUCGCGAGUUUUUUCCUUCUUUAUCCUCCAAUGCGGAGCCUGUUCCCAGGCUAGGUUUUGUUAAGCUUGGUUAACAAUGAAAUGAAUGCAAUUAUUAGUGCGAAUCACACCGUUUUGUGAUCAGAUGUAUACUUUUCUAAACUUGUGCGAUAAAUUAUUGAAGUUUUUAGAAGUCGAACUUACGAAGUGGUUGUAUUAUUUUGCGCGGUACACGAUUGAUGGGAACAAGGCGCCUAGUUGAAAAAAGGCGAACAACGGAGGCAAAAAUCGGUGGGAUACAGCCGCCUCCUCAGGCGCUUCGUUUUUCUCAUGGCAGAGGCGAGCGCGAAACGCGAGUGACUGGUGAUGAACCGCAAGGGACCUUGAGAAGAGUAUAUGGCGGCAGGCGAAGCGCCUUACCCGUUGUCUCCUUCCCGCCUUCCUUUGCACGAACAUUUUCAUCGAAAGAGAGAAGUCUGGG